AUGAUGACCUCAUCUCGACCCCGCGAUGUUGGGGGCAGCUUUGCAAGUCGACGUGGUCAUUCCAACCAGCUGUCCAUCUCGGACCCGAGCCACCAUGUCACCGAGGCAAUAGGCACCAUGUACGGAGAUAGCGACGACGAUUCUGGGCCCGAGAGCCGACUCGAGAACCCAUCCUUCCCUGACCCUUCUCGAAAGAAUCGACCCAUGAGCUUCUUGGCAUCUCCGGCCGGCGGCGAGCAAAUAAAGUCGUCUGAAAAGAAUGGACAAAAGCCCGUGCGUUCAGCGUCAGACAAGACACCACUGGCCGUAUCGACGACGGUUGAGGACGCCGAUUCCAAUGGAGGUUCUGCCGAGCCGAAGGAAGUACCGGUACGGAUGAAGAGCAAACGUGGCAAGUCUUAUGAGGGUCCUAGUUCUCCAAACUCCGGCAUGCCGCCGAUUUCUCCGAGCCUAUCACUACGAGAGGUUCAGGAGGCCGAAUCCUCACAAUUCCCGUUGGGCAACAUCGAAAAUCCAAGCGACAUUGCGCAAGAGCUUAGCAAUCUCCAGGCGCUCCGCCGGAUGUCUAUGGAUGUUGGAAAUACCAGUGAUCCCGAUCUGCUCCCGUUCUCUGGCAUCUCUCUCAUGGCCAUGCCGACUGUGGCUCCCAGUGGCGAGGACGACGAGGCCGACCUAUCUCGUCUUUUAUGGGUUCCCGCCAAGGUUCAUCCCGAAUUGGCGCCGGAUCAGUUUAAGAACUUCCUUGAGAACCGCGUCAACACCAUCAAGAGACGGUCAGGAGACUCUAUAUUGUCUGCAGACGGGCUGGAAAGACAUAAUUCAGGCAGUCUCAGAAGGAAAAAGUCGAUGCUUUCGAGGCAGGUCCACAGCUCGGGGACGCCAACAGAGGAAUUUGAUAUGCCUGAGAGGUUGGAGAGAGAAUUAUCCAAUGGUGGCAGAUCCACACCAGAGCUAAGCAUUAACGAACUGGUCAAGGAUCCCAGUAAAGUCGUUCAGAAGUUGGCCCAGGAGACACAGGAUGCAGGUUCUGAAGGAGACUUGCCGAUUCUGCCAGUGGCACCCGGCAUGGGGCUAAGAAGGUCCACAAGAACAACUUACCGGAAAGGCGGCAGUCUUCGUUCGGGGGAUCGACUUCCAUUUUCGAAAAGGGUGGCUGCUAGAGACGCAGAGAAGGAUGCAGACAAAGAGUCAGAGGAUGCCCCUCCAUUGCCGACUAUUGCACCGCCAAAGGAUCAAGGUCUCCCUAGGAUUCAAACAGAGCCAAGCCAACCAACUGAGAACUUCUCCCGGCCGAUGCGUGCUGUCAGGAGGCAGCAGACAUUCCAGAGGGAUAACGUGGCCGCAUCGCCGAUAUCGCCGACUUCUACUCUCGACCCUACCAGCCCGGUUCCCUCGAAUAUGGAUGACACCUUGAAUGUUAAGAGCCCUACAUCGAGGCCUGGUUCUUCUGACAGGCCCCUGACGACGGAGUCUGGCCGAACCGCUCCCGCGCCCGUUCCAGCUCCCGCUGCCGCUUCGGCUCCCAUACCGCAAAUAGUAGAGACGCCGCCGCCGGCCGAGAAGGAAUCCGAACAAUUACAACAGCCUCAGUCAUCGAGGUCAUAUUCGCAUCGGUCGUCACCGCAGAAAAAUACGGAGCAGCAGCAGCAGCAGCAGCAACAACAACAACAACAGCCGCAGAACAACCAGCAGCAGGAGCAGCCUCCUCCACGUUCGCUGAGGCGCCCGUCCUCGGUCAAGCAGAUUCAGCAGUCUCCAACGUCACCCAAGGCCAGCAUGGAGCAAACUCUUAGCGACAUGGCCCAGCACCCAUCCCCGCUACCUGGCGGCAGCAACACCAGAACGGAUGCACUCACGUUCAUUCCCACCAUGCCAGCCGAAGAGAAAAGGAAAUCCAAGGAUGAGAGCAGUGGCGACUCUAGUAAAUCCACGGGCUGGAAAUGGUUCCGCGGCGAGGAUCGAGAAAAGAAGAAACGUGAAAAGGAAGAACAGUCCAAGAAGUCACGCAGCAGGACGUCGACUGAGAAGGCCGCUGGUCACGGCGAUGCGCGGCUGGACGUGCUCCAGAACAGCAUUGACACUGCGCUACAAAAGGGCCGCGAGAACCUUCUGCUCGACAGCGAGUCGGUCGACAACAAACUGCACGAGGAGCGCAAGAAAGAGAGCUCGCGUUCCAAGUCCGGCGAGUCCAAAAAGGAAAAAGACGGCUUCUUUGGGUCUAUAUUUGGCGGCAAGAGCAAGAAGAGCGACAAGGACUCGAGUUCAAGCCGAAAGCAACGGGCGCUGUCGCCGGAGCCGCCACCAAAGCCGUUGAGGCCCGAUAUCGAUUAUCCGUACACGCGAUUUCCCAUCGUGGAGGAGCGGGCCAUAUACCGCAUGGCGCAUAUCAAGCUUGCGAAUCCACGACGGCCGCUGUUGAGCCAGGUGCUCCUUUCCAACUUUAUGUAUUCUUACCUGGCCAAGGUUCAGGCCAUGCACCCGCAGAUCAAUGUCCCAGUCUCGCCGCAACAAAAGCGGGCAGAGGAGGAACGAAGACGAAAGGAGCAGGAGCAGCAGCAGCAGCAGCAGCAGCAGCAGCAGCAACAGUACAUGAUGCAGCAACAGAUGGCGCACGAGUCUGAGCAAGAUGACGGACAUGGCGGCUAUGAUCAAUAUGGCUACGAUCCCCAACGGUCUGAUCAUUAUGGAGACUAUCAGGGGCAACACAAUGGCACCGUUGAUUACAUAGACGACUCGCAGAUAUAUGAGCAUGACCAGCAGCGAAACGAGCAGGAGAGGCACCAAAACGGCGGCUACCGCAACGAGCAGCAAAACGGACAUGGCGAUCGGCCAGGCUCUUCAGGCCGAGCAUACUAUGACUAUGAGCAACACGAGGAUGGGCGCAGGCGCGAGGAGGAAAUACACCCUUACGGCGGCAACCAAGGCUUCAUGGCAAAUGGAGCUCAUAAUGUAGCUGUUCCUCCUGGCGCCACGCCGCUGCUACCAAACCAGGGCCGCAUCAUCCAGACCGGUCCCACGCGAGUUCUUUGUAUUGCCGAUGUUCGAGGAAACCUGCGAUCACUGAACGAUCUCGCAAAGCAAGCAAACGCAGACUACGUUAUUCAUACCGGAGACUUUGGGUUUUAUGAUGAUACUUCUUUGGAGCGCAUUGCCGAAAAGACCUUGAAACAUGUCGCCCAAUACUCUCCGUUGAUCAGCGAGUCCGUCAAGAAGGCCAUCCAAGUCGGCGGAAAUGGUUCAGUCAAAUCGCGAUUCCCUCCUUCUGAGCUCCCACUCUCUGAGCUGUCCAUGCUCUUGAACGGCGAUUUCAAGCUCGAUGUUCCUGUCUACACGGUCUGGGGUGCCUGUGAAGAUGUGCGCGUGCUGGAGAAGUUCCGCUCGAAAGAGUACAAGGUGCCUAAUCUCUUCAUCAUUGACGAGGCGCAGUCGAUGCUUCUGGAGGUUUCGGGCGUCAAGCUUCGACUGCUGGGUCUCGGUGGUGCCGUCGUGAUGCACAAACUGUUUGACAACGGCGAGGGUAGGACAACGAUUGCUGGAGGACAGGGAACCAUGUGGACGACGUUGCUUCAGAUGGGCGAGCUGGUCGACACAGCCAACCGUGUCUACGACCCGACAGAGACUCGCGUGUUCGUCACCCACGCCUCUCCUGCCCGUGAGGGUAUCCUCAACCAGCUCUCCGUCACACUCAAGGCCGACUUCUCAGUAUCUGCUGGUCUCCAUUUCCGAUAUGGCAGUUCAUACAACGAAUUCUCCGUUAACCCCACGCUUGACCACUACAGAGGAAAGCUCGCCGCAAGCAAGGCUUCUUUCAAUGAUGUUUGGGAAACGGUCAAGGCGGAGGUUGAGCCGGCAAUCCAGCAGAACGAGGCUCAACAGAACCUGCUUAAGAACGCCCUUGGUAUUGUCGAGAAGAUGCCGUCAACGGCGGCUGGAGGAAACCCAUUCGGUGGGCAAACGUCAGCUGCGGUCGGACAGGUUGACGAGAGCGCCUUCAAAAACAUGUGGAACUUCAACCUGGCGGACGCUGCUUUUGGCUACCUGGUUCUUGAAAUUCAAGACGGCCGUAUCGGAACAGAGAUGAGGGCGCAGGGCUUCAACUUCUCACACCGUGGCGCAAAGCAGCAGCCCAGCACGGCAGCCGCUGCCCCGACCGCUCCUGCUGCCCAGAGCGCCCCAACAGCCGCCCCUAUCCCUUCACGGCAGCAAUCCCAGGUCGCCCCUGUUCCCAAGGCAUCGCCUGGGCCGCAGGCCAAGCCGGGAACCCCGAAGCCCGUACCAUCGCAAAACGACAGCGAGAAGCCGGCGCCCGCCAACGGCGCAGCGCACAGCAGCGAAGCCCCCUCGGUGUCACCCGCGCCUAGGGCCAACCACGAGAACACUAUUGGUCUUUUCGUCAUGAACGCCCAGAGCGACGACCAGGUCCGCGACAUUUUUGCCGAUGAGGACAAGGCCAAGAUUUCAAAGAUCGACAAGUGGGGAGCCACGAACAAGGUGGUCCACUUCAAGACGGUCGAGGAGCGCGACGGCGCCAUGUCGCGCCUCUCGGACGAUUACAAGGGCCAGCGCUCGCACGAGGACCGCAGCAAGCCGCUCGUGCGCAUCUUCCAGCAUCGCGAGCGCGAGAACCGCGGUGAGCCCAGGGAGUCGACAAAGAGCUACGGCAACCGCGGCGGCGCGGGCACGUGGGGUAGCAGCCGCGGCGGCAACGCUGCUGGUCAGGAGCGCGGUGGUUACAGGAGCGCCGGCGGCGGUACCGCCAGCGACUCGGAGGGCGCCGGACGGAGGGGUGGCCGCGGAGGCCGUGGCGGACGUGGCGGUGAGCGCGGCGACCGGCCAGAGCGCGGCGAAGGCCGGGGAGGCAGGGGACGCGGUCCGCGCGGUGGGUUGAAGGGCGAGGGUGGCGGUUCCGGCAGCCCAGCGCCAGCCUCUGCUGCGCCCUCGGCUGACUAA